AUGAAUGAAGUGACCUCUUUCACCUUUCUACCACUCCUUGUCCUUCACUUGAAAGGCAGGGGCUUCCCAGUGGUGGCGGUGGUCGUAUCAUCACCAGACAAGGGCAACGGACAGAUGAGUGGCCUGCCGGACGACGCAAUUGCGAGGGCAAAGGCCAUCGCUGCUCGCCUCACAGCAAGCCUGGGUCCCGAGGGUGGGGGUGGAGGUACUAAACGACGUUUUGGGGACGGGGAAUCGGAAGAGCCGCGGAAGCGGGAGAAGAUUUUUAUCCCGAAAGACAAUCCUGAUUUCAACUUCUUCAGCUUGUUGAUUGGUCCCCGGGGAUCAACGCAAAAACGUCUUCAGGAAAACACCGGGGCGCGAAUUAACAUCCGUGGCUCGGACGGUUCGAAAGGGGAAGAGGCACCUGAAGGAGAACCGCAAGAGGAUAUGCACGUGCUGAUCGAAGGCACGGAGGAGCAGGUAGCAGCCGCCAAGAAGGAAGUGGAGAAGAUUUUAUUCGACCCCGCCGAAGCCAUGCGUCUCAAGGCGGCGCAACUGCGGAACCUGGCUGAAUUGAAAGGUGGCUACUCGCCCGGCGGCAGCGCGAGUGGGGGGGGCGGUGACGAAGGACAUUAUGGCCCCGUGCGCUCCAAGCCGGGCCUGGGGUUCGGGGCGGAACCGGAGACGGGGGACAUGAAGAUACCCUCGAGCAUGGUCGGGCUGGUGAUCGGACGAGGGGGUGAAAACAUCCAAAAAAUCACGGCUAAAACGGGCUGCUUUGUGCAGGUGUCGAAGGAGACGGAGCCGGGCGAGAACACGCGUGCGGUGAGUGUGAAAGGCCCCACCAAGGAGGGCGUGGCGGAGGCGCUGCAAAUGAUCCAGGGGCAGGUGGAUGAGGCCCAGGCAGAGCGGAGCAAACCGCGCGCGGGGACCGGGGGUGGGGGCCUAAGAAGGAGCA